AUGCAACCCACACGCUCCCGCAUGGGCCCGCCCAAAUAUCCGCCGCACCCAAACCACCCCAUCCACAUCCACCCGGUCAGGCCGCUAUACCGAUUCAUGGCAACGGGUCUCGGCGCGUCAAUGUGGUUCUUCUUGAUGUACCGCGCGAAGAAGGACGGCCCCGCGCUUUUGGGCUGGAAGCACCCGUGGGACCAUUGA